AUGAGGAUUCUCCAAGCAGUGAUGAAGAAAAGUCAAUACUCUGUAGCUGUGAGGUUAGCAAUGUCCAAACAAGCUCCCAUUGCUCCUCUAGCCUGUGCAGGAAUGGACUCCUAUGCAAGAGCUUAUCCUUUUGCUGUCAAACUUCACUUGCUAAGGGAGGUAGAGGAGUUCCAGGCGCUUCUUGUUGGGUGUUCGUAUUUGCUAACUGGGAGAACCGGCUCAGAUCUACUCAGCCAUCAGUGUGGACAAGGGAACCUCUCUUCGCUCUCCGAAGGCUUGUCUUUGGUGCCUCUAGGCUUGGAAGCUCAGGCAUCUGGUGCACCUAAUGUUAGCAUGGAGAAGGCAAAACUUCUUUGGGUCACUCAGGAUUCGAACAGUGCCAUUCUAGAGCUACAGAAGUCUCUCCUGACUAUGCCUAAGAGAGUUGAUUACUCUACAGAAAUAGCGAAUUUGAUGAGGAGCCGUUUAAAGAAUCUGCCAACCUAUAAAUGGUUAACUUUGGUUUCUAGAGUCUGUCACAAGAACGAGGAAACAGUACGGAUUGUUAAAGACAUCAUCACUUCUGUUCUACUUCAAUUUCCUCAGCAAGGGCUCUCGGUCAUGGCAGGUGUUUCAAAAUCGAAUGUUCCUGCUAGUAUGGAGGCAGCUGCAGAAAUCUUACAAGCUGCACGAAACCAAAGUGGCAGAGUCCAUCUGUUCCUUCAGUUUGCUAGUUUGACUGAUGAUUUCAGUAAACUGUGCUUCCUUGACGGAAACGAACCAAAGUUGGCUUCUAGAAUCUGUCACAGGAAACAGUACAGAUUGUUAAAGACAUCAUCAGUUCUGUUAUACGCCUGA